AUGUCGCUAUCGCGAUCACAACUACAAGCCAUCUCGAUAACAGAGCGUGUAUGUUCGGCUGUGUCUCUUCUGGGAACUUUCAUCAUCGUCAUUUCUUUCCUUUCCUCUCCUUCGUUCCGCAAGCCCAUCAAUCGCCUAGUGUUCUAUGCAUCAUGGGGCAACAUGAUGGCCAAUGUCGCGACACUGAUGUCUCAGUCAGGAGUCCGGUUGGGAACUGCAAGCGGCCUCUGCCAGUUCCAGGGCUUCCUGAUCCAAUGGUUUAUGCCUGCUGAUGCCCUGUGGACAUUUGCUAUGGCCUGCAAUGUCUGGCUGACCUUCUUCCACAAGUAUGACUCUGAACAGUUGCGACGACUGGAGGUAAAGUACCUAGUGGCUUGUUACGGGUUGCCUUUCAUUCCUGCAUUUAUAUAUUUCUUCAUUGAGACAAAGACUCGGGGCAAGAUCUACGGCGCGGCCACACUUUGGUGUUGGGUCUCGACCCCUUGGGACUUUCUACGCAUUGCCCUAUUUUACGGACCAGUGUGGUUGAUUAUGUGCUUGACCAUUUUUAUCUAUGUGCGCACAGGCAGUGUUAUCUAUCAGAAGCGGCAGCAACUGAACCGUGCUGGAAAUACAGACUCUUCCAGCACCACAGCUAGCUUGAAAAACAUCCAACUUUCCAAAGUGACCGAGUUUUCCAUAACCCGGGAGAUUGUGCACACUGUGCAAGUGCCGCUGGAGGGGAAUGAAGACCCGAUAUCGACCAAGAGUCUGCACACAUUCUAUUGCCCAUAUUCAGUCACCAUUCAAGCUGGAAGCGAUCUCAAGGAUAGCGAGAAAGCUGCAGAGCAAUCUUACGGACAUGACCAGGUCAGCGCCGGCAUCCAACGCCGAGCGACCGUGAUGGAAACGAAUUCGGCAGCAUGGGCUUACAGCAAAUAUGCGAUCCUCUUCUUCAUUGCUCUGUUGAUCACAUGGGUGCCAUCAACGGCCAAUCGAGUCUAUUCACUGGUGCUCCCGCAUAAGGUCAGCUUUGAGUUGAAUUACAUCUCGGAUACCAAUCCCGCGAACAGCACCACCACCCAAGCCGCUGCCUCCCCCUCUCCUCCCCCUCCUGCCCCUGUCGCAUCAACCCCCGGCCCACGCGUCGCCAAAUUGCAAGAGAUCUUCGACAAAGCACUUGCGCGUACCUUGCGCGCAAACUCAUAUGCGAACUUCUCGAGCUGUUUCCCCACCCCCGCCAAGCAUGUCCCCGCCAGCUUGGAGUCGGUUUGGCGGCAGUUGAAUGCGAAGUUGGAGGAGAGUGCGAAAGCGGAGUUUGAGGACAUCUUGACGGAACGGGAUGCUGUCCGGCAAUUGAAUGAGCUGGAUAGGUUGGUCGGGGAGGCGAAGUAUAGGAAGGAUCAUGGGGUUGGACAGGAGACUGUUGCUCCGCAUACCUUGCCUCCUGAUGAACUAUUUCGAUCCCAUCUCCUGCCAUAUAUGCGUGAAACGCAGUCAUCUCUGAACCACAAGAUCGAAUCGGUUCAAGAUGAGAAUUCAGAGCUGGCGCAACGGGUGCAAGCGCAAAGGAGGGAGAUUCAGGACCUGCUCGUAGGCUUGGAGUCUGUUGUUGCGGACUUGGAGGUCGCUGCUGCCGCUGCGACGCAGUUCGGCAGCGAUAACAAUCUACGACAGGAGGCUGCAGAGAUGGAUGAGGAAAUCAGAGCUCGGUCUGAGAUAUGA